AGGGUCUGGACAGGAAGUGGGUCGAUCAUGUCACUUUUUAGAAUUCAAGGGCAAAAAAGUUCUUCUCGACUUUGGUAUUCACCCUGCGCUGACUGGGAUGAGUGCUUUGCCCUUUGUAGAUCACAUAGACCCAGAACAGAUUGAUCUGAUUCUUGUCUCCCAUUUUCACUUGGAUCAUGCGGGUGGACUGCCUUGGUUCCUCAUGAGAACUCGUUUUCGAGGUCGUUGUUAUAUGACUCAUCCUACAAAGGCAAUUUAUAAGUGGCUUUUGUCAGACUACAUCAAAGUCAGCAAUAUUGCGACUGAACACAUGCUCUACUCGGAAAGUGACCUCGAUUCUUCAUUAAACAAAAUAAAUGUCAUCAACUUCCACGAAGAAAAGGAGGUCAAUGGUAUCAAGUUUUGGUGUUACCAUGCAGGCCAUGUCCUCGGUGCUGCAAUGUUCAUGAUUCAGAUUGCGGGUGUGAAGCUGCUGUAUACUGGAGAUUUUUCAAGGCAAGAAGAUCGUCAUUUGAUGAUGGCAGAGAUUCCUCAGAUUCGACCAGAUGUUUUGAUGAUUGAAUCUACCUAUGGAGUCAGCAUCCAUGAACCAAGAGAAAGCAGAGAAUCCCGUUUUACAACAACAGUGCACACAAUUGUCAGCAGAGGGGGUCGGUGCCUGAUACCAGUGUUUGCGUUGGGUCGUGCACAGGAGCUGCUUUUAAUUUUAGAUGAAUACUGGCAGUUGCACCCUGAGUUACAUGAAAUUCCAAUAUAUUAUGCAUCUGCCUUGGCUAAGAAAUGUAUGAGUGUCUACCAAACAUACACUCAUGCUAUGAAUGAAAGAAUUCAGCGCCAGAUCUCUAUAAGUAAUCCAUUCCAGUUCAAGCAUAUAUCAAAUCUAAAGGGAAUGGACCAGUUUGAGGAUAUUGGUCCCUGUGUCAUCAUGGCCUCUCCUGGUAUGAUGCAAAGUGGUCUAUCUAGGGAACUUUUUGAGAUAUGGUGUCCGGAUCCAAAGAAUGGUGUUAUAAUUGCAGGUUACUGUGUGGAAGGCACACUGGCAAAAGAAAUUUUAAAGGAACCCGAGGAAGUGACAACAAUGUCUGGUCAGCGGUUACCCAUGAAGUGUUCAGUGGAGUACAUAUCAUUCUCAGCCCACACUGAUUAUGAGCAGACUUCACAUUUUAUUAGAACCAUUCGUCCUCCAAAUGUGGUUUUGGUCCAUGGAGAGAUGACAGAAAUGUCUCGUCUGAAGUCUGCAGUGGAGCGGGAGUAUGAAGGAAUCACUAAAGACCCUGUCAGUGUUUACAACCCUAAGAAUCUUGAGACAAUAACUUUCCACUUUAGGGGUGAAAAAAUGGCCAAGGUUAUGGGAGACCUGGCUCUCAACAAGCCUAAAGAAACUAGCGUUGUAUCUGGUGUCCUUGUGAAGCGUAACUUUAAUUGCCACAUCAUUUCUCCCCAUGAAUUGGGCAAGUACAGCGAUCUCUCUGUAUCGCAAAUUAAUCAGAGAACGAGUAUCCACUACUCUGGAUCCUGGCAACUCCUUCAUUACUUGUUAGCUUCCAUGUAUGGGAAUGUAGAGGUGCUUGUCACAGAUACUGAAGAAAGCAAAAGCAUAAGAGUAUUUGAUUCUGUGACCAUCAUUCAGGAACCACCUUUGGUGGUGAUAGAG